UACGUGCUGUCCCCGGUUCCGUGCAAAUCUACCACAAACCAUAAUGCAACGCAACUUGACUCAAUCGAAAGAGGCUCUUUUGAAGUCGUACAAUUCACGGCUCAAAGAGGACAUCCGCAGCAUGCGGGAAAACUUUGAAGAAAUCAUCCGCUUGGCGAAGGGAGAAAAUGAUACGCAGCUAUCGAAGAUCACGCAGUGCGAACAGGAUACGUACGAAACGCAGGUCCGCGCCGCCAACAUCGUGCGUGCGGGCGAGUCACUGAUGAAGUUGGUGUCGGACAUCAAGCAGUACCUCAUCCUGAACGAUUUCCACUCGGUUAACGAAGCUAUUUGCAGUAACUCGACGCUUUACCGCAACACCCAAAAGGACCGUGACAACAAAUUGAUGCACGUACGCGAUGAUAUGGCGGCCGAUCUGUACGAUCUGGAGGAGGAGUACUACACGAGCAUCUACAAGUGAUCACCUUCUUCAGUAGAUAUUGUAUUAUUUAACAUUUUAUUCCAUCAAAUCAAUAUAAACGAUCUCCAC